CCACCUCAGGUGAUCCGCCUGCCUUGGCCUCCCAAAGUGCUGGGAUUACAGGCGUGAGCCACCGUGCCUGGCCAGCAUCUAUAUGCUAAACCCUACCCGCAACUGCCUAUGUCUUGGGGUCAGGGUUCUUGAACAGUCUGGGCCAGCCUGAGUUAGGAGUGGGAAGAGGAAGAGGAGGCACGCGCCCAAGUGUUCUUCCUGCCUGACCGAGUCCCCCAGUGCCUGUGAGGAAGGUAGGCACUGCUGUCACCCUGUUUCCCAGGAAGCCAGCAGGCCCAGGGAGAUACUGAGAUUUGCCAAAGGCUCACAGUGAGCAAGCAGCAGUGGGUGCUGGCCCCUCGACACCCAGCCUGGCACACACUGUCUCUGAGCAGACCUGGGAGAGGGCAUGUGAAACCUACCUGGCCAUGGCUGGAAGAGAAGUGGGGGAGUGGAAAUGAAAAGUAGGGACCGGGAGGAGCUGCUCACGUGCCCCUCCACAGUUCCAGGAUGGCGCUUUCAUGCUGGGAGUGAGCUUGCCCUGUGCCAGGCUGUCAUCGAGGCAUUUUCCAUUCAACAACUAUUUCUCAGACAAGGUGCAGGCAGGUUAGCUCUCCCAGGCCACUCAAGUAGUAAGGAAAUAGAUUUAAACCCUGACAGUUUGGCUCCACAGCUGAGGCCCAAAGAGGGGUGGUGACAAGCCCAGGGUCACACAGCCACAGUCCCAGAACUAGGAACUGCUGGCUAGGGCAAGCAGAGAGCUGACUCCUAGCCAACUGGGUGUGGAGCAGAGGUGGAGCCAGGGAGACCCAGGUGGCCUCUCUAAGAGCGGAGCACAGGCGGCAGAGUGGCCCGGGGCAGCAUGAAGUGGAGCUGGGGCCCAGUGCUGCUCUUUGCGGGUGCCACGGUCCUCAUGGAGGGUCUUCAAGCCGCUCAGCGUGCCUGUGGACAGCGUGGCCCCGGUCCCCCCAAGCCUCAGGAGGGCAACACAGUCCCCGGCGAGUGGCCCUGGCAGGCCAGUGUGAGGAGGCAGGGAGCCCACAUCUGCAGCGGCUCCCUGGUGGCGGACACCUGGGUCCUCACUGCUGCCCACUGCUUUGAAAAGGCAGCAGCGAUAGAACUGAACUCCUGGUCAGUGGUCCUGGGUUCUCUGCAGCGUGAGGGACUCAGCCCUGGGGCCGAAGAGGUGGGGGUGGCUGCCCUGCAGUUGCCCAGGGCCUAUAACCACUAUAGCCAGGGCUCAGACCUGGCCCUGCUGCGGCUCACCCACCCCAUGACCCACACACCCCUCUGCCUACCCCAGCCUGCUCAUCGCUUCCCCUUUGGAGCCUCCUGCUGGGCCACUGGCUGGGAUCAGGACACCAGUGAUGCUCCUGGGACCCUACGGAAUCUGCGCCUGCAUCUCAUCAGUCGCCCCACAUGUAACUGCAUCUAUAACCAGCUGCACCAGCGACACCUAUCCAACCCGGCCCGGCCUGGGAUGCUAUGUGGGGGCCCCCAGCCUGGGGUGCAGGGGCCCUGUCAGGGAGAUUCUGGGGGCCCUGUGCUCUGCCUCGAGCCCGAUGGACACUGGGUUCAGGCUGGCAUCAUCAGCUUUGCAUCAAGCUGUGCCCGGGAGGACGCUCCUGUGCUGCUGACCAACACAGCUGCUCACAGUUCCUGGUUGCAGGCUCAAGUUCAGGGGGCAGCUUUCCUGGCCCAGAGCCCAGAGACCCCAGAGAUGAGUGACGAGGACAGCUGUGUAGCCUGUGGAUCCUUGAGGACAGCAGGUCCCCAGGCAGGAGCACCCUCCCCAUGGCCCUGGGAUGCCAGACUGAUGCACCAGGGGCAGCUGGCCUGUGGCGGAGCCCUGGUGUCAGAGGAGGUGGUGCUGACUGCUGCCCACUGCUUCAUCGGGCGCCAGGCCCCAGAGGAAUGGAGUGUAGGGCUGGGGACCAGACCGGAGGAGUGGGGCCUGAAGCAGCUCAUCCUGCAUGGGGCCUACACCCACCCCGAGGGGGGCUACGACGUGGCCCUCCUGCUGCUGGCCCAGCCUGUGACACUGGGUGCCAGCCUGCGGCCCCUCUGCCUGCCCUAUGCUGACCACCACCUGCCUGACGGGGAGCGCGGCUGGGUCCUGGGACGGGCCCGCCCAGGAGCAGGUAGGUGGGCACGGGGCCAGGGCCACUGUCCAUCCAGCCUGCAGGCCGGAGCAGCCAGCUUCCCUUGCUCCACAGGCAUCAGCUCCCCCCAGACAGUGCCUGUGACCCUCCUGGGGCCUAGGGCCUGCAGCCGGCUGCAUACAGCUCCUGGGGGUGACGGCAGCACUAUUCUGCCGGGGAUGGUGUGUACCAGUGCUGUGGGUGAGCUGCCCAGCUGUGAGGGCCUGUCUGGGGCACCACUGGUGCAUGAGGUGAGGGGCACGUGGUUCCUGGCCGGGCUGCACAGCUUUGGAGAUGCUUGCCAAGGCCCCGCCAGGCCGGCGGUCUUCACCGCGCUCCCUGCCUACGAGGACUGGGUCAGCAGUUUGGACUGGCAAGUCUACUUCGCCGAGGAGCCAGAGCCCGAGGCCGAGCCUGGAAGCUGCCUGGCCAACAUGAGUAUGUGGCCCUGGGACCUCCUGUCAAACCCUGCCUCUCCAGGACCCUUCUCUCUCCAGUGAGGGGGCCAACCAGCCAGCUGCUGACAGGGACCUGGCCAUUCUCAGGACAAGAGAAUGCAGACGGGCAAACAGCAUUACUGCCCCUGCCCUCCCCACCUUGCCAUGUGUGAUUCCAAGCACCAGGGCAGGCCCAGAAGCCCAGCAGCUGUGGGAAGGAACCUGCCUGGGGCCACAGGUGCCCACUCCCCACCCUGCAGGACAGCGGUGUCUGUGGACACUGCCACACCCAGCUCUGCUCCCACACAGGCGUCCCAGCUUUCCUCCUGCUUUACCCUUUCAGAUACAAUCACGCCAGCCACGUGUUUUGAAAAUUUCUUUUUUUGGGGGGCAGCAGUUUUCCUUUUUUUAAACUUAAAUAAAUUGUUACAAAAUAGACUUUA